AUGUCAGAUGAAGGAGCAUUUGUUAAUGAUUUAAAUGAAAUUAUUGAAGAUAGUUUGGAAGAGGAUUCAGCGGAGGAAGAAGAUAAUCAAUAUGUAGUUAAAAAAGAAAAAGAGACUGACAUAGAGUGGGAUCUAAUCACAGCUACUGAUGAUAUAGUUAAUAAUUUGUAA